UUGUGGAUUGGUGUUUGCUGAGAGCUUAGUGCUGACUAUUGUAAUACCGCUUUUACCCAUCACUACAUAUCUGAACGAACAAUGGAUAUAAGCCUGUUUGUAACACUGUGAGUUGGCCAUUGCGCCUUGCACCUUGCAAUUAGCGUCCCUGCUUGAAAGGACUCCUCUAUCUCUACGAACUCCACGGAUUCUACUGCACGCAAAAUUCGCAGGGGACGUACGAACCUAAAAUUCGUGCGUCCAGUUGUGACCGAGGCUUAAUAUCAUCGGAGGUAGCGUGAGGUAUUCACACAUGUACUUAUGUAGUCGAAGACAAAGGAGACCAUUUUGGACAGUUAUCGUCACAUACCAAAGUGAAACUUAGCGUGGCGUCUACCUGCGGUAUAUUCAGGCAAUUAGAUCCAUAAUAUAAGGCAUUUGAAGAAUAAUAUCAGUGUCAAUACAACGUCAGCUAUGCCGGAGUCGAAAUCGCUGACGACUUUGGACAGGCGACAACGAAUACUGCUAGCCGCAGUUUGUGGAUUGGAGUUUGCGGAGAGCUUAGUGCUGACUAUUGUAAUACCGCUUUUACCCAUCACUGCCAAAGAAAAAGGUGUGUCAAAUUUUGAGGUUGGGAUAUUAUUUGGGGUGGCAUGGCUGGCUGCCGCUUUGUCUGGUGUAGUCCAUGGAAAACUGCUGUCACGAAUCACACCUAUAUCUCUGGCGAUUGCUGGAUGUGUCAUUACGGCGAUAGCAACCGUUGGAAUAGGGCUGGCAGGGCAGUUUUCACGUGACCUCGUGGAGUUCCUACCCUCUGUCAUUGUCCUGAGGAUACUGCAGGGGUGUGGCUACUCCGCCAUAGCUGUGUCAGCCCAGGCCAUCCUCUCUGCUGAAAUGCCGGAACACAAGCUCGGGGUCCAGGCCGCCUAUCAGGGUAGCGUGGCCCUGGGGUUUACACUGUCCCCACCCAUAGCUGGAGGGCUGUACGCAGCUAAUGGUUUCUGGCUGCCGUUCAUUGUGAUGUCUGUGAUACUUCUCAUUAUCCUUAUCAUUGUCGCUAUACCAUUACGACAUUUAAAAGGUCAAGUUGUACAGCACAAAUCUGGGCAGUACUUCCCUCUUCUUCUGCAGCCGAGAGCUAUAUUGACAGUCGCACAUUCUUUGGUCAUCGCUUUCGUGUUCAGGUUCUUCGAAGGCUUCAUUCCAGUGCAUAUGCAUGAACAGGUGUG